GCUACCAUCAACAUGUAUGUUUAAUCAAGGCUAUCCGAUGUCAAUUAUUAAAACAUGCCGUGUUAUGUGUAUUGAAUGAAGGAGAUGAAAUAUUGCGAUAACCGCGAAUAAUAAGUUAAUCCUAGGUUUUAGUUUGUGGGUAUGCAGAUAUACGUCAUAUUACGCUGUGACCGUCCCCCACGGGCACCUGUCGACUGACUCACGGGUAAAAGUUCUCCGUUAACAUUAGCACACCGAUCUGUCAUUAAAUCGACAUGAUUCGCUUAGUGAGAGGAAGAUAGGCGUAAAAAAAUUAAUGUGAGGGAUUUAUAUCAUGAUUGUAUGUCAAAAAGGAGAAAUUUUUAAUCUAUUAUAUUUUCGCUUCGAAAUUUGAAGAGAAGGACGUGAAAAUGGAUGGCAGGGUGAAUUGAUCCGUCGUGUGUUUUCAUUUACAGGCUAAAAAGAAAAACAUGGCAAAUAUCACGGAGGAGUUUUCAAAUCAAACUACGGUCACCAUGGAUACAACAACCAUGGGGAUGGAGGAGAUAGAGGCCCGGAUGUUGCUACACAAGAUGAAUGACGAGCUAGCGAUGCGUUACUUGCCAGUUAUUGUGUACAUGUUAAUUCUUAUGCUGAUGGGGAUUUUCGGAAACAUUUUGGUGUGCUGUGUGUAUUGCAGUAAACCCACAAAAACUUCCUCUCAUUACUUUAUUUUAAACCUCGCCGUCCUUGACCUUUUGACCUGUAUCAUUGGCAUGCCCACUGAAGUAACGGACCUCCGAUAUCCCUAUAUGUUUUACGCUCCUGCAGCAUGUAAGUUGCUACGAUUUGUGGAAUCGGUAUCGAUAAUCGGUUCAUCAAUUACACUCAUCGCUGUGGCGUUCGAUCGAUAUUACAGAAUUUGUAAACUUGGAAGACAAAUAUCGGUGAAAAAGUCAAAAAUAAUUUGUGUCAUAGCUGUCAUUAUUGGACUCCUUUCAUCUUGGCCGGCCUGUAUUUUGUUUGGUGAAAAGACAAUCGAGCUCGGAAUUCCAGGGAUCAAGGGUGUCGACUGCUCCACUGAUGAUUCAGUUAGACACACGAUUUAUCCCACUCUUUAUUACGGAUUUCUCUUCCUUUUGUUUAUUCUUUGUUUAGUAUUUUUUACUGUUAUAUACGCAAAAAUUGGUGCAGUGAUCUGGAAGCGCAAGAAAGCCAGGAUAGGUGAGCCUAUUUCAGCCACGCCAAAUGGUCGCGCUUUGAACGAUUCGAACACUCCUUCAGAUCAAAUUUCCACUGAUCCAAUCAGCACAGAGAUGUCUUCUGAUCAUGAGGGUUACCACGACAAACGUGCAUCAAGUGGUUCUAAACACGCCUUUGGUAAAAGAAAUUCUCGGAACAAUGUGCGCGUUACUCGGACUACGGUGGUACUGUUUGCUGUGACUGUCGCUUACGUCAUUAGCUUUCUGCCGUUCCUCAUAGUCAUGGUUGUCAGAAGUGUAGCGAAGAACUUUGAGGAGAGUCUCAGUCCCGAGGCAGAGGUCGCCUACAAAUUCAGCACCAAAUCCUACUUUAUUAACAAUGCAAUUAAUCCCGUGAUUUAUAGUUUUCUUAACAUCAACUUCCGGAAGGAUAUCAAAACCAUUUUCAAAAAAUGUUGUAUUGCUUGUUGUGGAUGUCGCAAUAGAUGAUCAAUGUUUCCCCCACUCCUUAUGCAUACUCAUCACCAUAACGUGUUAUUGUUUCUUUAUGCUGCAUAGAAAAAACAUAUUCCUCUACAAAAUGUGAAUACAUGUAUAUACCCAUGUUGUUUCUUCAAAAUUCAUUAUAUAUCGGUACUUGAAUGCGUAUAUAAAACACCAUAGUGUAAAAUCAUGUAAUGUCUUUGCAAGGUAUCACAGAUCACUGUUCAUUUUAUUUCAUGCAAAGGAUGUUGGUAUCUUGGGCAUGAUUUUUUAUAAAAAUGUUAAGAAAAUGAAAAGAAUU